AAGCAAUUUCCAUGGCGCGUCUUUAUAGAAUUUUCAAAAACAUUUACCGCCAUUUAUUUAGGUCAGAUUAAAAUCACAUCACAGCACAAUCCGUUUUCAUUCAACAAGUUCAGAUCUCAGAAUCACAAAUGGAUAGCGACGACGAUUUUCAACCUUUGCCUUCUUCUCCCAUCGUCGAACGAAAGCUUAAGCGUUUGAAGAAGGCAUCUAGGGUUUCCGAAAAUCCUCCCCCUUCAUCUCCCCCUAUCAAAUUCCCCCAAUUCGAAAACAAUUCAGCUUUGGAGGAUUCAAUUGCAGGAUCUGCCACGGAAAUUGAAAGUUUGGUUGAUAAGAAUGUCACUGAAACCGUCGAGGAAGAUGAUUUGGGUGCGAAGAGGGUUUUGGAGUUUGAUUCUGUGGAUUAUGAACUUGACGAAAAGGUUACGGAGAAGACGACUGAAGAAUUUGGGGAUAAAAAUUCUGAAGAAUUGGAAAUUAAGCAACCUAGUGUAGACGACGACGUCGUUUUAGAGAAGAAAGAGAAUAAGAAAAAGAAAAAUAAGAGAAUUGACGACGGUGAUGGAAGUGAGAAGAAGCUUAAAGAAUCCAAUAAAAGAAAAGCCGAGAAGGAAAGACGGGAAAAUCUCAAAAAGCUUCGAGCUGAAUCUCAGAGACUUCUUCGAGAAACAAGAGAUGCUGCAUUUAAACCUGUUCCUUUGGUUCAGAAGCCGAUUUCGUCUAUACUGGAUAAAAUUCGAAAGAGAAAAUUAGAGUUCUUAAAGAAAUCUAAUGUUUCUUUUGAUGAUAAUGAUGAUGAUGAUAUCCCUGUGGAUAUUGAUUCUGAGCCUCUCGGUCAGAGUGAGGAGAUAACUAAUAAGAUUGAAAAUGUUGAGCUCAAAGAAACACCAGCUUCAUGUCAGGAAGUCACAGAGAAUGAUUUAAGCACGCCACAUAUUGAUGGAUCGGUUAAUGAUGCGGAACAUUCGAGCCGUGAAAGCAUACCUUCUCCCGUGGCUGUGGGUUCAGAAUCUGUACAUGCAUUUCGAGCUCCUGUUGAUGAUACUCAGGAUCUCUUUUCUGAUUCUGAAAUAAACGAAAUUAAAGAAGAGGCUUUAAAUGCGAAGUUGAAUAAGCCUUCGGAAGAGGUGUUUGCCCCAUCUAUGCUUGCGAUGAACUUGAAAUUUGAUUCUGCUCCUCUUGAUGAUGAUAUCUCUUCUGAUGAUGAGGAGAAUGUUAGGGAGAACAUAGUACCACAUUUACCUGGAUCAACUGACUCUACUUUACCUCCAAACGGUGACCCUGUUAAGGCUUUUGUUGAUGAAGAAGCCGAAGAGGAAGAUGACAGUGACAAUGAUUUACAACGGUUCCAAGAUAAUGAAGAAGGUGAGGAUGAUGAUGAUAUUGAGGAGCUUAAUGAUAUGAUAGCAACUGGAUAUGAAGAAGAUCCAAUUGAUAGAGAAAAGCGUGACCAACUCCAUCAGCAAUGGCUUGAGCAGCAGGAUACAACUGGGAUGGAUAGUCUACUUCAGAAACUUAAUUGUGGUUCAAGAUUGAAAGAAUCUGAUGAUGAACAGGAAGACGAGGAAAGUAAAGAAACAGAUAAUGAAUCUGACAAUGAAUCUAACGAUGAAGCUGAAGACUUCACUGCUCCAUCUGAUGCUGUGAAGAUCAAUCUGAAAAAGAUGAAGCAGAUGAUCCCGCAGAUGUUUACGGAUAAAGACGAACCAUAUGUAUCAUCUGAUGAGGAAACUGAGGAGAGGCUAGCUAAACAGUGCCUCUCUUAUAGAGUUGAGGAGAAAGCUCAAUUCUUUUCACCGGCUGAAGAUGAAAGCAGCAGGGGAGUUUUCAAUCUCAUAAAGAAAUUAAAUGUUGUGCCUGAUACCAAGAGAAAAGGAAGAACUCCUUCCAUAUUUGAAAUGCCACACAUCGGACAAAAAACAAAUAUAUCAUCAAAGUCAUCUUUUGUUGGUCGAGCUUCAAAUCAAUUUGUGCCUUCUUCUAAAAAGCAUGGAACAAGCAAGGUCCGAUCGUCAUUUAUAUUUGGGCGAGAUGACAGCAACAGCAGACUUUCGUUGUUGAUAUCAGAGGAUUCUUCAGAUACGAUUGUAAGGGAGAGUCAAGCACCCAAAGUUGCUUCUGCCAAAUUCCAAAGAAGUACACAGAUCAAAUAUACCACUUCAAAUUCGAAAUCCCAAGAGUCAAAAGUAUCACUGUUGGAGGUAUUAAGAAGAUCAUCACAUCAGACGGAGCGUUGUGUCCAGAAUGCCGCCGGAGUUAAGCAAAAUGAAUCUGUAUUUGAAGCAUUUAAGUUAAGGAGAAAGUCAAUUAAGACAGGCGAUAGAGUUUGAUGUAUGAUGUGAAAGUUUGGUCUUUCAUAUGUUUAAACCAAAUAUUUUUAUUUAUAGAAGAGAUAAGUAUUUGCUAGUCUUUCCAUGCGUUUGGGUUUUGUUGGUCAGUUCCCUUACUGAAGCACUGCAGUAGUAAUAAUCAUCACAGAAUUAUCAAUACAAGUACAGGAUUAUUAUCAGUGAAAAUUACACGCUUUUGCGUCAAAUUAGUCUUUCAUUUUUUAUGACAAACUAAUCUUUUACGUUAAAAAA